AUGUGUGCUGCAUGUCAGCAUCUCAACUUCAAGAAACGCGAGUCAUGCCAACGAUGUAGCUGUCCUAAAUAUGCCACCGAAGCCGAUGUGUCCGCAUAUGGGACGAACAGAACAGAAGUCUUGGCUGGAGACUGGUAUUGUGGCGCUUUGAAUUGUGGUGCGCACAACUACGCAAGCCGAACAAGCUGCUAUCACUGCAGUGCAUCAAGAGAUUAUUGUGGAUAUGGUGCUGGAAUGAUGGCACCUGCUGGUUAUGCAUAUGAUGCCAGUGUGAUUCCCGGAUGGAAAACUGGCGACUGGAUUUGCACCAGAUUAGGAUGUGGCGUGCACAAUUAUGCUAGCAGGAUGGAGUGCUUCAAAUGUAAGACACCUAAGGACUUUGGAGGAGCAAUACAUGAAACAAGUGUUACUGUGACCAGCACAUGCACAAGCACUGCUGCAGCCUCCGCGGAGAACAACCAGCAGCCGCUGCCUACCCCACCUGUCGAGCCACCUGUGACCACUGUUCCAUGGCAUUUCUGUUGCUAG